AUGAAAUUUGAUGAUGUACAAAAGAUUUUCCAUAAAUAUAUUCAUCGACGUUAUCAUCGAUUUUGUCGAGAAUUAUUUGCACAAUUAUUGUGUUUAAAUUUAAAUAUUAAAUCAGCUUAUUUAUUUGAUCUAUUUCCAUAUUCAAUUGAAGAUAUGAGAAAUUUAUUAAAUAAUCUAUCGAGUUAUUUACCAUUUCGUUCGAUUAUUCUGAAAUAUUCAAUAAAUGAUCUGAUUAUUAUGAAUAGUUCUCAAUUAUUAAAGCUAAUUGAUGAUACAUCAACAUCAAUUCUUAUUAUUGAUCUAAAUACUAUGACUACAACAAAUUGUCAUCCAAUGUUAGAUGAGAUUUGUAAUCAUCUUUCUUGGAUAAAUAACCGACAACAUGAACAAAUCGAUUUUGAUAAUGAAACAAAUGAUGAAUGGUCUCAUCUUAUUCAAUCAUUAAAUCAUACAACUAUUUUUGGUUAUCUACUUGGAUAUCCAUUAAUUUAUUUUUAUUUAUCAACUUCAUUAAUGGAUGUAAUGACAUUAAAAAAUUUUCGUUUAUCUGUAAAGAUAAAAGAUUUAAAUUAUGAAACUUUACUUUAUUCAUUCUCAUGUCCUAUUCAUGAAAAGAUUGAUCAACAACAAAUAGAAUUGUUUGUCAAUCAAUGGUUUUCAUCUUUAUCUUUGAUAAUGAAUGAAAGUGAUAUGAUCGAACAUUAUCAUUUAGAUCAGCAUAUUCGAGAACAAGCAACAUGGUGUCUUUAA